AUGGUUAGAAAGACAACGACGACGUCAACAACAACGACAGGUACGCGAAAGCGAAAACGUGAAUCCACCGGCAGUACUAGGAGUGAUAUUGGGGAGAAUUCUAAAUCCCAGUCUGUGGAAACAGCUCCACUCUGUGAAGAGGAGGAUGUGAACUCUAGAGAAAACACUCCAUCAGUUCAUCCUCCUACUAAUAAUAAUAAUAAUAAUAAUAAUAAUAAUAAUAAUAAUAAUAAUAAUACUGAAUCGUUAUUACCCACAUCAUCAGCAGCAGCAACAGGAGCAGGAGGAGGAGCAUCAUUAUUGCCUCAGCAAAAUGAACUCACGGAUGAUUUUCAUUCAUCUAGGGAAUCUUUCUUUAUGAUCCACAUUAACGAAAAACCCACUCGUGUUCCUGCCAACACACCAUUUAUUUAUCCACGAGAAUUAUUUGGUCAGCCUGGUGUUUUACUGCAAGAUAUCACUGACAACGCUUGUCCAGUUUUACUUCUACCGUGUCCACACACAGGCAAAGUAACGGUCCAUCCACAUCAUCGAUAUAGACUUAUGAAAUUUAUUGGAGAACACCUCUGCCUCGCUGGCGACUUCGCCCCUGUUGUAGAAAAUAAAAACAGCACCGUCUUGUAUACACCACAGUCGGGGGAGGAGGAGGAUGUUGGUGGAGAGAAACAACCACACAAACAACGAGAGGCGUGGGCAAUGUCUGAACUUAUGGGAAUGAUGACAUUUCUUAGACGUUAUCCACAACGGACUCCACGGGAUUUUAUGGCAUUACCACCUGAAGAAGCGGCGAUUUAUCAUGCAAAGGGAAAUACAGUCCUCUUUACAUCUCGUCAAAGUGGAAGGAAUAGUCAACAUAGGCAUGGCAAUGAUGAUGAGGAGGAGGAUGAAGAAGGGGAAGGAGUAAGAGGAGGAGGAGGAAAGAAAAAGAAUAGUAGGAGUAGAACUCCUCAUGUAAGGUAA